AUGUUGACACUCUCCGAAUCCAGAUUCAUCAUGGUUAUGAGGAGAGACGCAAACCGUUCCGAAGGCGUCAUAGAGGGCGUCGAGUUGACAAGACGGAAUGAGCGAGCCACGGAGCCAUUCUGGCCGGGCCACCAUCGCCCGUCCAUCGCCAUUGCCACCACCUCGAGGGAUGGGGGAGGCUGA